AAGCACAGCUGAGGUUGACAAAAGUUUAUUUUAGAAGCAGUUUAGUCAGACCUGGUAUAUAUGUUACACACUUGACUCAGACUUUCAACUGUUGUGUAUAUUACAAAUAUUAAAGCGCACUAGUAUAGGUUUUAUCAAGUGACAUUUAAUAUAUGCAGACCAGGAUUUUAUACCUGAAGGCACUCCACACCAUUUGGAGAUAAGACAUACAGCUAUUGAAUGAAUCAGGGGAUUUAAAAAUAGGAAUUGUAAAAUCCUGUAUUGAUUAAUUCUCCUAAUUAUUAUGCAAGAGGAUUAGUUGCGUGGUGUUACCAGGUUUUGUUUUGGGGGAUAAUCACUGACGUGGAACAGGAAUAACCCCCCAGGGUGCCCCAGUGUCAAGCUUCAAUGACUCACUGUGUGGUGUGUCCCCUUUCAAUGACAAACUUCUUCAACUGUGGAAAAGAAAAAUAACCCAAGGAUAUACCACUAACCGAAAGUCUCCAAAUUUAUACCGAAAGUGAAAUUAACUUAUUUACGAUUGAGGACUGUGUCUGAUAGAAGUGUGUACACUGUGGUUAAUACUUGGAUAUUGUGAUUAAGUCUGAUCAACUGGGACUUAAAUAUUCUACCUUGUCUUGUUAAUUGAUAGUAUAUGUGGAUUGUGUUCUAUAAGAUAAUGGGGAUCUAAUGGUUCAAUACAAGAUAAAGAAGCUAGUUCAUUGAGGGAUAUACUGUACAAUUAACUGCCUUUCUGUGGACAUUAGUAAACAGAGGAGAUAAAAUGACAGUGCGGGACCGGUUACCGGAGUUCGAAGCUAAGCGAGAUCAGUAUGAGAGGGAGAGCAUGCGAGGAAAGAAAGGGAAGAAAUCCAAAAAGGAGGAGGAGGAUGAUUUAUCAUUACCGGGGUUCCUGGAGAAAGUGAAGGGGAUGGAGGGGAAACUGGCACUGCUGAAAGCAGAUGUCAGCGAACUCAAGAAAAUGCAGAACACACUGUACUGUGCUCCCAAAGUGUCCGACACGGACAUCCAAAGAAUGGAGAACCUGGCAGACAAGAUUCUGUCAAGCUCCAUCACGAUCAGGAAAGACAUAGAACUCCUGUCGUCUGCAGGGACCGACCCCAAGUCACAGAAAAAAGGACUGAUUCUGUCAAAUGCAGAACAGCGCGUGCAGAGCAUGCAGAUAGAAAGACUUUCACAUGAACUUAGAACAACAAUGAAUGACUUCAGAACUAGCCAGGCUAGUUAUCUGGAAAGAACAAAAGCUAGACUUAAUAAACAGAGACAGAUAGCUGCAAUAACGGGGGAUCCUCAGUAUGAUGUCAACACAAACUCCGUGAAUUUAGACCUGAACUUUCAGAACACCAACGCUUUCAUUGAUCCUUAUUUCCAGGAAUCCCAGAAAGCCAUUUCUGAGUUACAGGACCUUCAGGAGCGAGAGCGGGAAUUGACUGACCUUGAGAGUCAGAUUCAUGAGGUCAACAUGUUGUUCAAGGAGAUGCACGGACUGGUACAAGACCAGGGUAAAAUGGUAGACAAUAUAGAGAAACAUGUAGAACUAGCUGUAGGGGAAGUUCAAAGUGGGAAUCAACAGCUAGCAGAGGCAAAGAAACAUCAGUGUGCUGCGAGGAAGAAAAAAAUCAUCUGUUUCUCCAUCUUAAUUACUGUUGUUGUAAUUGUUGUUAUAAUCAUUGUUGUGACGAUGACCAAUAGUGAUUCAGAGUGAUAAAGUUAGAGAGUGUAGGAUAGCUGGAAUUUACAGUGACCACUGAACUACACGUACAUGUACAUUUAUGAUAUCAUAAAGAAUCAUUUAACGUCCAUUAUACAUGUACAUGCAUUUAAAUUAUUGGAUUUUCAGAUGAUAAAAUGCUACAUGAAAAUUUUUAUGAAAUAAAUUUUAUUUCCAAAAACUUCAUUACAAAUAAAAACCCUGAGGUCAACAUACCUGUGUGGAGAAUGUUUACAGCAAGAUGACAAGAUAAGAAUGUCAGGAUUUUACCUAUUUACAUCAAUGAACAUAAAAACAAAUAAUUGUGUAGUUGUUUAUGUAAAUGUCCUUGUUGUAGCCACUACAAUACUGUACAGUAUAAUUAUCAAUAUCGGGUUGUACAAUACACAGUUGUACAAUUAUACAGUACUAAAUUUUAAAACAGUUAUACAGUAAUAUAGUAUGUGUACUAAACAGUCAUAAAAUUAUAAAUAAUACUACACAGUUAUACAAAACUAGACAGUUGUACAAUUACUUUAUAUACAGUACCACACAAUUAUGAAAAAAUUAUUUAGUAUACUAACAAUUCAUUCAAUUGAAAAGUGCACAUAGAUAAUUCAGAUUAUACAGUA